AUGCACUUCCGAUCGCGCGCGUGGAUAUCCACCACCGUUCAAGAAUUCCUCUUCGCCGACGACUGCGCCCUGAACACCACCUCGGAAGAGGAGAUGCAACGAAGCAUGGAUCUGUUCUCCGCCGCCUGCGAGAACUUCGGUCUGGUCAUCAACACACAGAAGACGGUGGUGAUGCAUCAACCGCCACGCCACUCAGCCACAGCCCCCAAUGAGUCGCCGCAAAUCAGCGUGAAUGGGACUCAUUUGCAAGUGGUAGAGAACUUCCCGUUCCUGGGCAGUGCCCUCUCCCGCAACAGCAAGAUCGACGACGAAGUCGCCAACAGGAUCUCGGAAACCAGACAAGCCUUCGGUAGCCUCCAAAGCACAGUUUGGAAUCUUCACGGACUCCAACUCAGCACGCUCAGGCGACUGUCCCGCGUACAGCAACCGACACUACCACAACCUCCCCCGACACGAGGGAUGAGGAUCAGGACUACACCUGCCCUCACUGCGAUCGCACCUUCACCUCACACAUCGGCCUGGUCGGUCACUUGCGAAUUCAUCGCACAGAGACAGGCGAACCAGUGCGCGAAGCACAAACCUUCACCCACCGCACACGCCUCCACCACCCACACUGCCCUCGCACCUUCCGGCAUCGCAUGGGUCUAUUCGGCCACAUGCGCAUCCACGAGGGCGGACUUGACAUCACUCCCGACACACCCACCACAUCCAAAACAUCCACCGUGCACAGCCCCUCUCUUCUUCCAUCCGUCCGCGCCACCAACACCACCGCCUCCUUUGAAGCUGACACUGACACCGCCGACAUCUCAUGCCCACACUGUCCACGCACAUUCAACUCACGCAUCGGCCUGGUAGGUCCCUUGCGAAUCCAUCGCACAGAGACUGGCGAACCAGUGCCUGGAGCAUCCACCUAUACCCACCAAGCACGUCUCAACUACCCACAUUGUCCUCGCACUUUCAGGCAUCGCAUGGGCCUAUUCGGCCACAUGCGCAUUCACGACGACCUGCGGUAG